UUUGAAUACAUACUUUAUUGAACAUGUCCAAUCCUACAGCACCAUUUCUACUUGGGGCAGAUGCCAAGAAGAAUACAUCACAAUCCGCGAAGGCUUUAUUUGCCCACAUACGGAAGGAAAAGGGUCCAGAACACCGUGAACCAGUUUACUUAAUCAUUAAUAGUAAGAUUCAACUUGCUAAAACAAAGGAUUACACUCCUAGAAUCAUCCCAAUAACACAUAAGCUUGACCGUCUUGAAGAAAAAUCAGUCCUUCUUGUGACUAAAGACCCCUCAACUCCAUAUCGUCAACCACUUAAUGAAAAGAAUUCACCAACUGAAGAUGUUUUCAAUCAAAUUUAUACCUUGACAAAGCUUCGAGGUAUUGCCCGAGAACCAAGAAAAUUACUGAAACUUUUCAAAGAAUUUGAUGUGAUUGUAGCUGAUAAUCGUGUACACAAAUUCUUACCAGGAGUGUUAGGAGCACAAUUUUAUGUUAAAAAUAAAAAGAUCCCAUUUAUGGUGCAAAUGGCUAAACCAGAUGUGAAUGCACAACUUGUACGUGGACCAAAGUCUACCAAGUUGAAAGACGAUCGUUGUGAACCAGCCUACGUUCGUGCUCAGAUGAAAUCUAUUGUAAGAAAUGCAAGUUUCAUCCCACCAGCAAAUGGGAAUUGUAUGUCAAUUAAAGUUGGAUACACUGAUUUGAAAGUUGAAGAGCUUGUUCAAAACGUCAACGACGUGGUGCGAUACCUUGUUGAAACCAAGAACCAACCAGUAGGAGGCAUAUUAAGAAGUAAGAAGAAUAUUCAAAGCAUUCAUCUCAAAACUAGUGAGAGUGUCAGUAUGCCUGUGUGGAAGGAAGCCGUAGAAGAGGUUGAAGAUGAAGAAGACAAUAGUGAUUUUGAGUUUUAAAUGAUGAAUGGUGGCUUUACUUUAAUAGAUAAAAUAGAGAGAUAGAAAGAUAUACUUCAUCAUACAGCAAAUAAAG